CAAUCAGCGUCGUUCUCUCACUCCCAAUAACCCAUGAAUUAAAAAGGAAAGAGAGGCCCCGGGGAAAACUUUGGGAUUUUAGGAAGGGAGAGAGAUCGAACGAGGAAAACCCUACCGCUUUUUUGUCUUUUCUUAGGGCUUCGUUCAUCUUUCAGAGUUUGGUGGAUUAGGGUUAGGGUUACGUUUUCUCUGCUUAUCCAUGGAGACGACAGGAACGACGACGACGACGACGACGACGACAAAUACACAGCAGCAGGUCAGUGCGAAACCGGGGAUGAGGAAACCUGUGUUUACGAAGGUUGACCAGCUGAAGCCCGGGACCAGUGGUCAUACCCUCACGGUCAAGGUCGUGAGUUCGAAGACCGUGUUGCAGAAGGGCCGAGCGGCGUCUCAGCACCUUCGCCACACUCGCAUCGCCGAAUGCCUUGUCGGUGAUGAGACCGGCACGAUUAUCUUCACUGCUCGUAACGACCAAGUUGACUUGAUGAAGCCAGGUGCCACCGUAAACCUGCGUAAUGCUAAGAUUGACAUGUUCAAGGGGUCUAUGAGGUUGGCAGUAGACAAAUGGGGCCGCGUGGAGGUUACUGAACCUGCUAAAUUUGUAGUUAAAGAAGAUAACAAUCUGUCUCUAGUAGAGUAUGAACUAGUGAAUGUUGUGGAGGAGUGACUGGGCUCUUUGCAGUUAAUAUUUUGAUAUCCAAGGAAGCCUUUCGAAAAGUUUCCCAAAGCCCAGAUGGUUUAUCUUAUUCUUGUUCUGUGGUCAUGAGCUGCUAAUCAAGUUUUUUAUAGAAGGAACAUUUUGAAGUUGGGAUACGGAUCUUACUGAAAUCGGACGAUAUUUAUCCCUUUUUUAAUAUUAUAUUUUGAUGAACUGAGUAUUUUAGUGCCUGAUGGAUACCUGGUUGGAUGUAAAAUAAAAAAGGGAUCUUCAGUUCUUCACUUGUUGCUUCCCCCUUAAAAGGAACUUAUACUAUAUACUGAAAGUUACAUGAGGA